GCGCCGCUGGCUUUAAUCGAUGCCUCGCCGUCAACCACCAUCCGCUAGCUGCGUUAGCAUCUAGCUGGACAGGAGGCUAACCUACAACAACAACACAGGAGUGUCUGUUCACACUCUGGUUAUGCGUUCUGCUUGAAUUUACUGAAGUUAUCUGUCGUCCAAGUGACUACACCGAAGGCCCGGUGAAAGAUGCAGUUCAUGCUGUUGUUCAGCCGGCAGGGAAAGCUGCGGUUACAGAAAUGGUAUGUGCCUCUGUCUGACAAGGAGAGGAAGAAAAUCUCCAGAGAUCUGGUCCAGACCAUACUGGCCAGGAAGCCCAAGAUGUGCAGCUUCUUGGAGUGGAGGGACCUGAAGAUUGUGUACAAGAGAUAUGCUAGCCUGUAUUUCUGCUGUGCAGUGGAGGAUCAGGACAACGAGCUGAUCACCCUGGAGAUCAUCCAUAGAUAUGUGGAGCUGCUGGACAAGUACUUUGGCAGCGUGUGCGAGCUGGAUAUUAUCUUCAACUUUGAGAAGGCGUACUUUAUCCUGGAUGAAUUCCUGCUGGGUGGAGAAGCGCAAGAGACAUCCAAGAAGAAUGUGCUGAAGGCAAUCGAGCAGGCCGACCUGCUGCAGGAGGAGGCCGAGGCACCGCGGAGUGUUUUAGAGGAAAUUGGGCUGACAUAGAUCAUCACGCUACCUCGCAGUACUUUCUCCCAGAUGCAGAUCUGGCAACCUUUCGUGUCUCUUUCUUGUCUUCUCCUGGUCAGUGUGUCAGUGUUGUAUGUAUAUAAUCACCAUCUAUGUACUGUAUUAUUCUGUACUGUACUAUCCCGUAAUGUCCUUUGAAUGUGGUGCCAACCGUGGUUUAAUGUGUCUCCCAUGUAAAAGCUCCCUCACUGUAUUCUGCAGUACGAUUAGUCCACUACUUCUUGAAACGCCUCACUUGAAACUUCUUGAAACGCUCACUUCUUGAAACGCCACAGAGAACAAUGUAGCAACGACAUCAACAUGACGACUCCAGCAUCUCGUUAAGAUCAUCCAUCGUCCACCAACUGCAGAGAUGUAUGUGCUGUUUGGCUUAAAGGACUUUUUAAAGGUGCUGAAGUAGCUCCAGUUUGUGUAUCUCAUGUGUCACCAAUACAUUUGAGUCACAGAGCAGAGCGUCUAAUUCUCAAAUUCUCUGAGAAAUAAAUUCCUGGGGAUCAUUUAAAAACA